AUGGAGACGGGGGAGGCGACUUGCUCCUGUGUUCCCACUUCUCCGUGGCUGAUUCCCAGCCGGGCUCCCUCCCAGGGGCUGAUGUCUGUGCUCCAUCCCCCCGAAAAGGGAAGGUGGAACGGCUGGGGGCUACUGUCGUUUCAGAUGAUUGCUGAAAGGACAAGAAUGCAUCACACUGUGACCAUGAGGAGGCCUGCCAGCAGUGCUCCGGAGGCUACAGCUUACAAAAAUGCCACUGAAUUCAAUUAUGUCCUUGGCCAACACGAGCUCAAGAAACCUAACCCCAGGCAUGCAAAUGUUUGCUUUCCGGUCUUUUUCAAGGCAGCAAAAUUGCCUCUCAAGUUGAACACCAUCAAGGAUGACCCAGCCCCAGCCGUGGCUCCUCUGUUCAGCCCCAUUGUACCUUACGACAUGUACACACCUAGUCCGGCCAAUCCAGAGGCUGCCUUUAACCCACAUCCCGGAGACGCCAAAGAGACAGCUGAGGACUUCUCAUCUGUGGAUCUCAGCUUCCUACCAGAUGAACUUACCCAAGAAAGCAAAGGCCAGGCUGUGCUUAGAAACAAGCUUGAGAUGGAAGACAGUUGUGAAAAUGACAGUCUACGCAGCAGGCUGCCGUUGCCCAGCGAGCAGGACGCUGGGCUGGACUUGAAGAACAGCAGUUUGCUGAAUGCCCACACACAGCUUCAGGCUGGGGGUGCUGGCUCGGUCCAGCCCCCUCCUGAGAAACCCAGCUCCGACCCCUUGCCUCUGGCGUCCAUAACUCCCAUGACGCCAAUGACCCCUGUUUCAGAAUGUUCUGGAAUUGUGCCGCAACUCCAGAACAUAGUUUCCACUGUAAACCUGGCCUGUAAAUUGGAUCUGAAGAAAAUAGCUUUGCAUGCAAAAAAUGCAGAAUAUAACCCAAAGAGGUUUGCUGCUGUCAUCAUGAGGAUCCGAGAGCCCCGGACGACGGCCCUCAUAUUUAGCUCUGGCAAGAUGGUCUGCACGGGAGCCAAAAGCGAAGAGCAGUCUCGACUUGCAGCGAGGAAGUACGCCCGCGUGGUGCAGAAGCUCGGGUACCCCGCCAGAUUCCUCGACUUCAAAAUUCAGAACAUGGUCGGGAGCUGUGAUGUGCGAUUUCCCAUCAGGCUGGAGGGCUUGGUGCUAACCCAUCAGCAGUUCAGUAGUUACGAACCUGAGCUGUUUCCUGGCCUUAUUUACAGAAUGGUAAAACCAAGGAUUGUGUUGCUUAUCUUUGUAUCUGGAAAAGUUGUGUUGACAGGUGCCAAAGAACGUUCUGAAAUCUACGAAGCAUUUGAAAACAUCUAUCCUAUUCUCAAAGGCUUUAAAAAAGCCUGAGACUGUUACCAUCUCGCAUUAAACUGGUUUGAAAAUGGACACGAGCCCAGCAAGGACACAGCUGUAACUGUUUGUUGACAAGAAGGAAAGGUUAAGCCAACUUAAGAGUAAGCAAGAAGAAUUUCAAAAAGA